AGGCCCCGCUUCCUUGACGGCCCGUGUGCCUGCGGAUCCGCGCCGGCAGCGGGAGGCGGAGCUGGCCCGCCCGUAUUUAUGCCGAGCUCCGCCAGGAGCGGCGCCGUGAGUGUGGGGCGGAAGCGCCCGGCUCCUCGUUCCUCUCGCCCGGGUGCAGGCGACGAGGAUGAGCCAAAGAGACACCCUGGUGCAUCUCUUUGCCGGCGGAUGUGGAGGUACUGUUGGUGCAAUUCUGACAUGUCCACUGGAAGUUGUAAAAACACGCCUGCAGUCCUCCUCUGUGACUCUCUACAUCUCUGAAGUUCAUCUCAACACUCUGAAUGGUGCUACUGUCAACCGAGUAGCCAGAGUUUCUCCUGGACCUCUCCACUGUCUGAAGAUGAUCUUGCAAAAUGAAGGCCCUCGUUCUCUGUUCAGAGGGCUGGGUCCUAAUUUAGUUGGCGUUGCUCCUUCCAGAGCAAUAUAUUUUGGUGCUUACUCAAAUUGCAAGGAAAAGUUGAACAAGAUUUUCAAUCCAGAUUCUACCCAGGUACACAUGAUUUCAGCUGGUGUGGCAGGCUUUACUGCGAUCACAACAACUAAUCCCAUUUGGUUGGUGAAGACACGAUUACAGCUUGAUGCAAGGAAUCGUGGAGAAAAGCGAAUGAGCGCAUUUGAGUGUGCCCGCAAAGUUUAUCGCUUGGAUGGCUUUAGAGGCUUUUACCGGGGAAUGUCUGCGUCCUACGCAGGCAUAUCUGAGACUGUUAUUCACUUUGUCAUUUAUGAGAGUAUUAAGAAAAAAUUACUGGAGUAUAAGACUGCUGGUGCCAUGGACAAUGAGGAAGAGUCGGUAAAAGAAGCAUCGGACUUUGUUCGAAUGAUGAUGGCUGCUGCCACUUCCAAAACAUGUGCAACAUCAAUAGCAUAUCCCCAUGAGGUUGUACGAACAAGACUAAGAGAAGAGGGAACAAAAUACAGAUCUUUCUUCCAGACACUGUCUUUGCUUGUGCGAGAGGAAGGGUACAGCUCCCUUUACCGAGGUCUGACUACACACCUGAUCAGACAGAUUCCAAACACGGCUAUCAUGAUGUCCACCUAUGAAGUUGUAGUCUACUUACUUGAUGGAUAGCAGUGUGCCAACGUGGAAGAAGGUGGAAGACUGAAAGACUGGAGUGGACCACUGAAUGUCAAUGCCAAUGUGGUGGGCUAAAGGAGCGUUGUAUCAGGAGCAAGCAGCUGUGGACGAAACAGAAGGUUGAUUGUGGGCAACUCUGAAUAAUUUUGCUGCCUUUAUUGUGUGGUCUCAUGUCAAUGUGACAAAUGGGAACUGCCCCUUAGGGAAUGCCUUCAUACAUCUCUUAAUUCAGAAUUAUUCUUUUCUUUUCAUCUGUUAAACUAGACAAAGCCAUUGAGUCAUCUUCAGAGACCUGAUGGGUGAGGGAGGGGACAUGAAAUAUGUUGCUGGGCAGUCCUAUUACCUUCUGUUGGUGAUUGCUCUCAGCUACAUCAUUUUUGUUCUGUUUUACUGCACAGUAACCUGUUGGAAGAAUAGGCAAGAGAGUACUUUCAUAGUUUUCUGUACAUGAAACUUCCAUUUAGUUGCUCUGAAGAUUCAUAAAGAGACUGAGGUAGUGUGGUAGGUGUGUGUAGUUUUCCAUGUUGCUACCUCAAGACAAAAUAAGGUGCAGGGACCCAGAACAGUUAUUUCUUCACUACAAAAGGUGAUACCUGUUGUAGCUUUUUGGUUUUGAUUUGUUUUGUUUUUUUCCUUGAUGUUUGAGCAGUGUUGUGGGUUAAUGAGAGAGAGUCUAAUUGUUCAACUCUUCUGGUUAUUGGUCUGUUCAUGUUGGUGUAUGUGGACUUCUGGUCCUGCUGCAUCAUGCUUUUUCUUUUCGGGAACUUCUCCUAAGUCAGAGAGGCCUAUGAAACAUUGUCCUGUAUCAUCAGUUUUCCUUGCCAAUAUGUUCAGGUCACUCACACAGCUAAGGAAGUUGCUGAAUGCCACUUUAUAGCCUUUUUAAGGAUUUGUAAUGUGAUGAGAAAUCUCAACUAGUCCAGCCUCCCGUUUGUGAAGACAGGAUUCGCUCAGUUUCAUGCUGCCUAAGCACAAGCUGUAUUACCCUUAAAUAUCUGGCAAAUCCUGCCUUGGAUUGCCAGUGUUUAUAUGGGAGUACUGGGGCAGAACACAUAUCACUGUGGCUAGGGUGACCAGAAAGCAGAAACCAGUUGAAGUUGUGAUAGAUCUUGUCAGUGCAGACAGGCUCUGUGCAGAAGGAUGGAGAAAUUGUAAAUAAUAUUUUCUUGAAAGCAUUCCCCCUCAUAAAUGCUGUAUAACUUCUCUCAGCUCAAGCCUGUGUACUGAGCUAUAACCUUGUCCUCCACAUUGUCUGAUUAUUCAGGCAUUGGUUUUGUUCUGUAAGCCAAUUGCACAUUAAUGCCUUGCAUUCAGCAGUGAGGCUUAGCUGGUUUAUGCUGUCAUAAUUUACAGAAUUAUCCAAAAACAUACAACUGGAGUGUCAAGCAGUUUAAUGUUACAGGAAGUUUUACAGCUUUACAGACAGAUAUCUUCUCAGUCUGCAUCCACUAUCCUUAUGAGGAAGAUGAUAAUUUAUAAGUUGGGGUCAAUAGCUUUCUCCAUAUAAAUGCUGCUACACUGGCAUGGACAGAACUGUGCUCUCAGCUCUUCCAGUGUGGUACUUCAGUACACUUGAACUGUGCAUCAUGUGCAAUGGCUUUAUUUUAUGAAUGACUUCUUAUGCACUUUGUGGCCUUCUUAGGGCUUAUGACUUUCUUCCUCUUACUGAUUAUCUGGAAUCAAACCAUGCUUGUAAUAUGCAGUUUGGUUUUAAACAAAGCAUGUGGUUUGAUUUCUAUGUAAGCUGUGCAGGAGUUUAUGCUGUAAAUCCAUAGCAUCUCUGUGGCACUGGUUCUGUGGGCUCUCUAUGAAACCUCAAAGCUUGCAGAACAAUCAGUCUGAGUUUUUCUCAUUUGCUUUCCUUUAUUUUGACCCUUGUCAUGUUUUCCAUACAGUGUCAAAGUAUUUGAGUAUUUCAUGUAAUUGUCUGCAUUAAUUGCUCAUCCUCUAAAAGCCACCUAUAGUAAGUACAUUGACCUUGCAGUGCUGUAUUGACUUCCCUGCUUGGAAAAUGUUCCCUUUUUAAAGACAGCAUGGUCCGAGGGGUGACCAUGGUGAGCUUGAUUGUCUCAAAGAAGUGAAAGGAGUGCUUAAAUGUGUUUUAAAGUGGGCUUUUUCUAGUGGUCUCCCUAGGAAAAGACUGCAGUAUUUAUGACUGACCUAAGCCUUGAUGUGUUGCUUUUGUUCAGAUAAAUAAAUGCAGUAAUAGUGACUUACUGUAAUUUUUGUGAUGUAGGAAGUGGGUCACUCUUCAGGUUAUCUAGAUUACUCAGUCAUAGCCAAAAAACUUAAGUUGGCAAAGACCAUACUCAGCUUUGGAGUUCAUGAAUACCGUGAAUACUUGGAGUAGCCUAGGCUUAAUGAGAGAUUCUCUCCUCUCUUUGGAUACAUUGUCCCUUGGUUCUGUGUUUGUCUCCCGUUCCAGGGUAUUCCCUGGGUACUGUGUGUGUGCCUUCGCUGGGUAAGAGCAGAGCCCCUGGAGGUGAUAAGUGGGACAGUUAAACAUGGACAGUUGAACAUGGGAGAUAACAGCUAAAAGCAGACAAUCAGCUUAUUACUCCUGCUCUUUAAAGGCUUGUUUUAAACUUCAGGGGUGAUCAUUUUGGCUUCUUUUGCAUAACCAAACAUAACCCAAACAUUUCUUGGGAUUUUUCAUUAUUUUUAAACUACAAGUACCUGCAAAAUUACCUCUGAUAAAUUUCCCAAAGACCUUUAAAUUAUUUAUGUAGUUUUCUUGGUAUUUAUUGUAAAAACUCAAGGGAAAUAGCAAGAUAUUCAAUAAUAUCUUCAAUAAUAUCCUUAACUACAGAGCUGAAAGCAGUGCAUUUAAACUUGGUCAUAUAUUCAUUUGUAUUUGGGUGUCAUGUAUUUAUGUCCCACUGGUGUGUGCUAGACGAUAGGACGUGUGAAGAACUUUAGUCAUGAAUUUGUUCCUCCUUUCCCCGGCUGUGGUCAGAGCCGGGGCUGGUGAGCGGCGGGGCUGCAGCUGCGCGGCGCGGCCGGCAGGUGGCGCGCCUUCCGCGGAGUCACGGCCGGGAGCAGCAAACGGCUCCGGGAGCGGCGUCCGGAGCCUUCCCCGGGCCGGCCCGGCGGGAGCGGCGUCCGCAGCCCUUCCCCGGGCCGGCCCGGCGGGAGCGGCGUCCGCAGCCCUUCCCUCCCCGGGCCGGCCCGGCGGGAGCGGCGUCCGCAGCCCUUCCCUCCCCGGGCCGGCCCGGCGGGAGCGGCUUCCGCAGCCCUUCCCUCCCCGGGCCGGCGAGAGCGGCGUCCGGAGCCCUCCCGGCCCUGCGGUGCCCGGAGAUCCGCGCUGUCUGCCCCGCUCUCCGUGCCUGGCAGUGCGCUCACACGAUGGAGCUGUGGAGGUUUCUGGUGUUGUAGUUGUAACUGAGACAUCGCCUGUCACUUACCCAUCUCUGCCCCUAUCUCUGUUUACAUAACGCACUCCACAUCUUCUCUUGCUGAUUGAGGUGUUAAUGAUAGCUGAUUGUUUGUUAAUGACAGUUUCUGCUAGUCUGUUUUUUGUACAUCUGCAACAUUCCUCAGACUGCAGCAUUGUAAAAGAAUGCUUCCAGAGACAAGAGUGGAGAGCCUUUAUAAAUGUUGCUUCCUGUUUAAACUGUUCAGAUUUGGAAAACAAGCUGAAUGCAGAAGUGUGCCUAGGUAAAUGUACUACUUUUUUCAACUUUGUCUGUUAAGACUGAGUUAUGUAAGUUCUUUCAGUUCUUCUAUUUAAGAGUCUGCCUACCCUGCAUAUGUGAACAUAACUAUGCCCUCAGAGUCAUAGCUAAACACUCACAGAUGACAGAUUGAGAAUACUUCAGUACUCAUGUGAGGUUUGCUAUUAUUCUUGCAUACAUGUAGUUGGCUGUAAACUAUGUGCAUUUACUCUGUAUUUAUAUAGUUAACUUUUUGUUUGGAUUGCUUUAAACUUCAAAGCAAAUUAAAAUUAUGUGCUUCUAUUCAAAUGUUGCCUGCUGUGCUAAACUGUACACUGUUUUUAACCUUUGAAUUUUUCUAUUAUUGAUACAUACCAGUGCCUGCACAGUUGUGAUUAAAAAUGAAAAAGUCAUUAACCCAGUGAAUCAUUUUAUCUUGUACCAUUUUAUAGUAGCUGAAAAUAAGGUGUGUGUAUUGUAUCUUUAGUGUGGCCUUUUUGGAGGGAUUCAUGGAUGACUUAAACCAGCAGUAUGUGUUGGUGCAGUUGAAUUUGAACAUAGUUACUUCUACAGAACCGAGUGACCCUGUCUGUCAACUGAGAUUCAGGAGCUGGUGACCACAAAACUCAUGUCCAUUUGAAGUGAUAGCUAGGACAAGCCACUGCUGACAAAACUGAAGGGCAGUAAUUCCUUAAAAUGCUCAGAGUUAAUUGCAUGUGAGGUUAUAACCAAGUCCUUGAACUUGACACAUUGUUAGAUAUCAAUAUUGUUUUUCUUAAAAUAGUUGGUGUUUGAUCUGAAGUCUGUCUUGAGCUUCCUCACAACUCAUUCUGGAAAUGCACACACGGGGUUUGUUUGGUGAGUGCUGUUUUUCUCCCAGUGCAUGUUCUGGAACUGAGUCUGCAGCCUCUAAUACGGAGGCAGGCUUGAUGUCUCUGAUUGGAUUCUUCCAGCUAUUCAAAACUGCUUCAAAACUUGUAUUAAUCAGCACAUCUGUGAUAGCUUUUUUCUUUCAGUAGGUGUUACUGUGAAUUGCCCUACCUUGCCCCACUUUAAGAGGCCUUAAAUCCCAAGCCAGCCAGGCUUAGAGGUAAUCAGUCUGCUGGAACCAGUACAGGUAACCAGUGUCCUUAUCCCUGACACAUCUGAAAUUAUGCCCCUGACUGGCACAGCUGUAAUUGUCUGUA